CUUGGGUGUCACCCAUGCUAGGUACGCCACACAUGUAACACAAAAAGAAACAGCUCUCAUUGCAGGAAGAGGACGGGGUCGCGUCCCGAAAGCUUUGGGAUUGAUGGCGGCACUCCAUUGGCUUCAAAUACAUGUUGUUGUGGUGCAUUCAAAAGGAUCCAUUAAAUUAACUACAUUCAAAACGAACGGUCUUAACAGCUGAAAAAAUGCUCCCUCUCUUAAUAGCUUUCAUUUUAUUUGUUGGAGUCCAUUCUUCGUUUCCUAAUUAUCCCCCUUUCAACGGUCUGAGUCAUCACCCUCGAAUGGAAAAUAUGAUAGAUCCAGUCGAGCGUUCAAAUCAUAAAUCUAUUCAAAGCAACGAAAUCCUUGAUUGCAACUGGGAAGACAUUCGCAGUGGCGUUGGACUGAAAGAGCUCCAAGACCUAGUUGAAGCUGUUGCUGAAAAUAAGGGUUUAAGCCCGUUUGCCGUCUUAAGAAUGCUUCAUAGAAGAAUGAAGAACAAGGAAGAAGAGAAUAUGUUGAACGCAAUGGACAAUAUGCCUUUACCGGAUAUUUUCACCCAACCAAUCUUAGAUUUGCCUCCACCUAUGAAAAUUCCUCCAGACACCAACAAAGCACCUUAUGCUUUGCCUCCGGAUGUUCCAAUGAUCCACGGAACCGAAGAUGACACUAACGUUGUCAUAAUUCCAGUUGCUCCAUCAUUACCUAACAGGAUUCCACCAAUGAUGAAAAUCGAAUCAAAGCCAAGGAAAGAAAAUUCUAAUAGCGUAAACAAUAUUGGUCCUGCUCUUGGAAAGGCUAGUCACAUGUUUUCGUUGCUAACUCCUAUCCGGAAUGGCCCGUUGCGACCUCCGUUGGGAGCAACGGUUCGUGUGGAUUCUGGAGAUUCUUUAAGUCCCAUCAACAGAGAUAUCACUGUGACAGUUUCACCACUGAUGACUCUUUUGGAAGCACUGAGGCAAGCUGAAAUCAAGUACCAAAAUGUUCUUGGUUUAAGCCAUAACUCAGAAUUUAUCACUUUAUCCCAUUCAGCAAGCAUCGAUUGUUUUAUCGUCAAUAGCAUCGAUGAUGUUGUGAAGACCGAGGAUUAUGGAUGGAAAGUGACUAUUGCAGAUAGAGAUGGCCAGGUCUUGUAUGACAACUUUUGCAUCCCAAAUGGAAAAGACUUUCUAAUAAAACCUGGGACUCUAAUUUCACUAACUUAUGUUCCACUCCUCUAGUCCAUAUUUUGUGCGAUUUUGCAGCAGCUUUUGUUUCUAUUCCACUGAGAAACGUUGAAAACAUGCACAAUAUUUUGACUCGUUGCUGAUUUCCAGAAGACAUUUUUGAAUCGGUUAUUGUCACUUUCAAGCGAAUUCUGUGAAACUAAUCCCAUUUGUUCGGGGUGCUGUAGUUAAUAUGGAUGUAAAUAUUAUUUCCGAAUGAAUAAUUUUACUUGUGAGUGUAAUGAUGAA